CAGGCUGAUCGUCCACUAAUAACAUAUGCCUAUUCCGAAUCCGCCAGCGCCCGCGACAACUUGAAGUACUUCAUCUCUCAGGGCCUCCAUGGUGCCGCCGAUUUUAUCUUCAUUCUCAAUGGCGAGACAGAUGCUGCGACGCUCAUCCCAGAGAAGAGUAACAUCCAGAUCAUAUCGCGGCCGAAUCAAUGUUUCGAUUUAGGAGCCCAUGGCGAAGUGCUACGCAAGGACAGCUUAUGGAAGAAGUACAAACGCUUCAUAGCACUCAAUGCGAGUAUUCGGGGGCCGUUUAUACCAUAUUGGGCGAGGAGUUGUUGGAGCGAUGUGUUCCUGGGGCGCGUGACCGAUGAAGUCAAGCUCGUCGGAAUGACCGCAAAUUGCCUUCCUCAGUAUCAUGUCCAGUCCAUGAUCUGGGCCACAGAUGCCGUGGGUUUGGAGCUCCUCCUCUACCCGCCUCCUGGAUCCUCGACGCCCGACAAGUACGGCGGUGCUACCGACAUGGUCGCGAUGGAGGGCUGCUACAAGGACAUGCACAAAGCAAUCCACGGAGAGAUUGGGGCAACGGGUCUGAUCCAGAAAGCCGGUUAUAAGGUCGAUGCCAUGAUGGCGGCAUUCCACAAGAGCAAGAACUAUCAGGAAGAUUGUGAGAAGGAACCCAGGGAAGAUAUCCUGUGGAAUGGCCAGUAUUUUGGGGGUAACGUACAUCCGUACGAAACAGUUUUCAUGAAGGCGAAUCGCGAUAUAGAUCCUACGAUGGUGGGGCUGCUGACGGAGUGGCAUUUGAAUGGGACUUUUGAAGGAAGUUGGGAUGUCUGUCGGUGA